AUGGAGACAGAAGCUGAAACUGUGCAGCCUCAGGUUGCACCGGUAAGGUCCACUAGGAAGAAAAUGACGAAACAGUUGACGGGGAAGCGUGAUGAUACGCCUUUACAUUCUGCGGCGAGAGCCGGAGAUAUGGCUUCUUUGAAGGGGACGGUGGAUGGUGCUGAAGAGGGUAAACUGCGUGAAGUGUUUGCGAAGCAGAAUCAAGGUGGAGAAACGGCUCUUUAUGUUGCUGCUGAGUAUGGUUAUGUUGAUAUGGUUAGAGAGAUGAUUCAGUAUUAUGAUCUUGCUGAUGCUGGAAUUAAAGCAAGAAAUGGUUUUGAUGCACUUCAUAUUGCUGCUAAACAAGGGGAUUUAGAUAUAGUGAAGAUCUUAAUGGAGGCUCAUUCUGAACUGGCGAUGACUGUGGAUCCAUCCAACACUACAGCCUUACACACCGCUGCAACACAAGGGCACACUGAGAUAGUGAAAUUUCUAUUAGAAACAGGUAGUAGCUUGGCUGCAAUUGCUAGAAGUAACGGCAAAACAGCUUUGCAUUCUGCUGCAAGAAACGGACAUUUGGAGGUCGUCAAAGCGAUUCUGGAGAAGGAGCCUGGUGUUGUAACAAGGACUGAUAAAAAGGGACAGACCGCGCUUCAUAUGGCGGUGAAGGGACAGAGCCUUGUGGUAGUAGAGGAGUUGAUAAAAGCAGACCCAUCAACAAUAAACAUGGUUGAUAAUAAGGGCAAUACAGCAUUGCAUAUAGCUACCAGGAAGGGUAGGACUCAGAUUAUUAAGUUGAUACUUGGACAGAGUGAAACAGAUGGUAUGGCAAUAAACAAAAGUGGCGAAACAGCAUUAGACACAGCUGAGAAAACAGGAAACUCUGAAGUAAAAAGCAUUCUAACAGAACACGGUAUUCAAAGUGGAAAAUCCAUAACAAAAUCUCAACCAAAAACAGCUGCCAGAGAAUUAAAACAAACUGUUAGCGACAUAAAGCAUGAAGUCCAUCACCAACUAGAACACACUCGCCAAACGCGAAAAAGCGUUCAAGGAAUCGCAAAACGUCUCAACAAAAUGCACACAGAAGGACUCAACAACGCAAUAAACUCAACAACCGUCGUUGCAGUUCUCAUAGCAACGGUUGCAUUCGCCGCUAUCUUCACCGUCCCAGGCCAAUUCGUGGACGAUCCAAAAAAAGUUCCUAAAGGAAAGUCGCUCGGAGAAGCAAACAUAGCGCCACAAGCUGCGUUUCUAAUCUUCUUUGUGUUCGAUUCGUUUGCGCUUUUCAUUUCUUUAGCGGUUGUGGUGGUUCAAACUUCAAUAGUUGUCAUUGAAAGCAAAGCAAAGAAACAAAUGAUGGCUAUUAUUAACAAACUAAUGUGGCUGGCUUGUGUGCUUAUUUCUGUUUCAUUUUUGGCACUGUCUUUUGUAGUUGUUGGGAAAAAUCAAAGGUGGCUUGCAAUUGGAGUAACCAUUAUUGGAACAACUAUUAUGGCUACUACAUUGGGUACUAUGUGUUAUUGGGUUAUUAGGCAUAGAAUUGAAGCUUCAAAUUUGAGGAGUAUACGUAAAUCUUCAAUGGGAAGCAGGUCAAGGUCAUUUUCAGUUUCAGUUGUUAUGUCAGAUUCUGAGAUAUUAAACAACGAGCGUACUAAAAUGUAUGCUAUUUAG